AUGGCCUCAGUCACUGUCCCCAUUUCUGCAUGCAAUGCCUCCUCACCAGCUAAACAACCCUCGGAUGAUGAUGAUGCUAUGGGUACAAUACCACCUUCACAGGCAACUCCCAGAGCUCAGUUGCUCAAGAGCGACAGUGCUAUUCAGAUGAUGGAGAACUUUCUCUUUAAUCUGAAGAGCGACAAUACCCCAUGGCUGAGCCCCAGCAUCACCACAGCGGCAAUGGAUUUGAUCCUUGCCUUUCUGUGUGGACUGGGGCUCUUCUACCUAAUAACCCUUUACAUACCGAGUAACCCACCGUUACCUCCACCUGAGACACGGAAAAAGCCCAGGAAGGGUGAGGAGAGGAUCCAAGUCUCUGUCUUUGUCUCUCAGUGUCAUGUGGAGAAGAGAGGUCAUAUCAAGAGCCGGAGGAAGAGCAGCACCAUGAAAGAUCGAAGUUGUUCCCGGGAGCAGCUGGAAGAGAUUUAUGACCUGAUUACACUUCUAACUAGCUACAUAGGAAAGCUCCAUGACAGCAGCAGCUUUCAUGAUAUCUUAGGAGGAAAUGGCCUGGGUGAAAUGCUUGAUUCAGAAUGUUCUGCAGAUCAUCAGUCAUCCUGGCAGACUGAGGAGGAUAGUUUUACCAACACUGUGUUCCCAGUGGCCUCCCCUGCUCCUUCAACUGACUGCCUAGAGCCUUUAGACGUUCCCUUGUCAACAGUGCUGAUCUCUUCCUCAGGUUCUCUGGGGUCACACACAUCCCAGAGUGUGUUUCAGCCUCCAGAGACUUUGAAUCUUCUUGGAGACAGUAUAUCCCCACCUAUACAUUCUUCUAGCCCAGUUUCUUCUCAACCUGUGGCCUGCCCUCCUUCCAUGCCUGAUCCAAUCCUGGGUUUUUCUCCUUGUGAUUUGAUGGAAACCCCACCUGGUACCACCCCACCUGCUACCAACCUUGACAUCCAGGAGCUGUUGGAGACAGAGAUCAGUAAUAAACCCACACUGGAUGUUUGUCAGGGGAGGGAAAAGGAGGGAGAAGACAAGGAGGAGAAAUCUCUGAGGAAUAUACUAAGCUCACUGGACAGUGAGCAAGACACUGCUACCCCACAAUCCUUUUGCAACACAAAAGGAAAACCAGAACAGCUUGCUCGUCCCCAGCAGCUCAUUUUAUCCGGGAUAUCUGCUAAUCACUUACGGCAGGAUGGCACCCAGCUUUUCUGGGGCCUGCCCUCUCUGCACAGUGAGUCCUUGAUGCAUCUUUCCUGGAAGCAAACGAGGUCAUCCUCUGUCCAACGUCUAUCUUUUGCAUUUAAUUACAUUUGCUCAACUGAGCCUCAACCUAAAGAGGCUCCACGUCUUUCCCAGGCAGAGACCCUGCGCCCAAAUAUGGAUGAAUCUGAACGUUGGUCACAAAACAUUCCACCAACAGUAUCUCAGAUCCACACUGAGCCCCACCUCCCAUGCUCUAUCCAAAAUCACCCGCCACCUUCCCCAUCCAAGAUUAGGAAUGUACCUUACUCUCCACUUCAACAGAGGAAACAACCAUUCAUUCUAAAUGAGCACCAAGAUCUAGACAGGUCUUUGCAGCAAUUAAAUGGGAGGAAGGAAUUAGCUUCUAAGUUACAAACAACAGCAGAAGCACUUAUCCCACCCACUGGCAACCUUCCCCAGGUCAGCAAGGACUCCCAGACUUACAAGUUGGUCUCCAACCUUUUUGGUGAUUCUAUGAGCUCCAACAUCCAGGAGCACAAAGAGACAACCACUAGAGAUGAACAGCAGCAUGGCUGUUCCUUAAGACAAACAGUAUCCCAGGAUUUGAUGCAACUUCCAGGCAAACUGACAGUGAACGGUCAGCGCCAGGCACAGUGCAAGCACGAACUCUUAGCACAGACAUCCCAGCCUUCUGCCAUCCCUUGUAAAGGCAGCAACUGUGUGCAGAAGAUAGACCUAGCAAUGGUAGCACUGAAUGACCCAAGCAAGGGUGUAGAGCAUUAUCAGGAAAGGGAUCUGUCUGAAGAUCAAGCCUGGAGUUCAGGAAGCACCCUAGUGAAGGGGUGCAAGGCCAACCUUUCAGAAGGUGACUGUAUCAUCCCCAAAACAUCUCAGAACCAGACAAGCAGUUAUUUACCUAAUACUUCAAACAAGAAACAUGUAGAAAAAGUCCUGACAUUCCACAUGGGCAGGAAGUUGAACCAGAUGAAGGAGGGCAUGAUCCCAGUGUGUGUGCGGCAGUCCUGCCUCGCUGCUAGCCAUGCCUCUCCCAAACCCAAUGCCCAUGUCACAUCCACCAAUCAAUCAUCCUACAAGUGUUUGCCAGCCAUCGCAAACACCUCCCAGGAGCUUUCCUUCCUGGAUGCCCAAACUCUCCUGAUUCUAGAAACGCAUAUUGUGAGAUACCGGGUGAGGCACAAGUGGGAUCCACAAAUGCAGAUCAGUGACCCAGGGACUCUCAACUUACAUGAGACUCCAGCCUUGCCCUUGGUACAGCCUGCCAUUUCCUCCCCACCUUCCACAGACUCUCAGGUGAGCUCCAUUGCCAAGGUGGCUAAUAGCCAGGAAGAUCUUCAGGAAGGUCUAGUGGAGAAGAUGGUUAAGAAAAUGCUAUCUCCCACAGUACAAGAUCCAUUUUCUGUCCAUAAGCCUACAGAGCUGCUAAAAACUCAGAGCAGUACUCUAUCUGGUGACAUCCAUGGGCCAGCAGAGGCUGCUCCAUCUAGACAGGACAGUCUAGACGUUCAGUACCCCAGAAAGAACAGGCCUGUUCUGGAGACUGGACAGGGAAGACUUAAGCCAAGUCCAAACUUAGCAGUGUCUAUGCAUGAGCCAGGAGAGAUGAGUGGCAGCAUAGCCUUCGAAGAGCCCUGCCUUAGCAGGACAUCUCCAUACAUUAAAGGAAUGUCCCAGCUUUCAGUAGCUGAGACAAGUGAGACAGUUGAGAUCAAAGAGACACCUCCUCCAACUGGGGGAGCCAGUGUAAUAGAAAAUUCCAAAAUAAUGAAUAAUGGAAACAUUUCAGGGUCUCCUAAGACCGAGAAAAGCUGCUCCCCAUCUAGCAGGUCUAUUUUGCAAGACCCAGUAUAUACAGACCUGAAAUCUUGGGUAGUUAGCGAGAUUCAAAAACAAGUGGAACUCAAAUUAGAAAAACAGUUCCAGCACCAGAAAGCUGGGAUCUUUCAACAUGGCCAUACUGACAAACUCUCCACCCAAGUGAGCCUGCCUUCUUGGGCCUCUGGCUCUACAUCCCAGAUCAUGACUGGCAGCAAAAUAUCAACUCCUCAAAUCAAGCGUAGCCUCAAACUGGGGACGAGGCCCAGCCAGGAACAGCCAGAAACAAAGAGCUCUAGAGCUCAGGUUACAGGAAAGAAUCAGAGUAAAAUGUUCACUGCCUCCGAUGGAAGGCAGGGCUGUAGGAAGCUUGCAUCAGGACUGCCCGAAGAAAGGCGGGCAGUGGUGAGGCCUUCCCAGUCCUGUGGGCUCAGCCCCCUUGUUGAGGUUAAUGAACAAGGUGCCAUUGGGAGAAAGUCAUUUCCAACUUCCCCACAGAAGGCACACAAUUCUACAGAAAGUAAUGUCCACAAAAGGGUGCAGAAUUUUCUGCACUUUGCCAAUGCUAGUACCAAAGAGAGAAGGCAGAAUAACCCCCUGCCAAAAGCCAAAUGUUCAUCCGUUCUUACCCAGAGGAAACCAUUCAUGCACAGUGUAACAACAGAAGCCCAGACACUUAUGACGGCUGUUGGGAAGAUUGUGGUAGACAAACUGGGACUUCAGCAUGGUGAUGGUCCACCGGAGGUGCAUAAAGGAAAACCUCAGACACUGCUGCACAGACAUUUCAGCUACCAGACAGGUUCCUGUGACUACCAGGAAAGCUCAAUGAUAGGAAAUAAGGGUCAUGGUCACCAGACUGGUCACAAAGAUCCACGAUACCCCCCUAUCAAGAUCAAGUGGGCUGCAGACAGGGUCAGAGAUGUCCAGAGAGCUCGUGUCUGCAGCCAGCUUCUGCCAAAGUAG